AGUUUAGAGAGAGAAAGAGAGAGAGACAUUUGUUGCUUUGGAGUCGUGUGCAUCACCCUACUUUCUCUCUCUCCCUCUACCCCGUUGGACCGCGGACUUUCUCUCUCCGUCGUCCCUCCCACCGAGCCAUCCCAUCCCGUAAAAUAAAAAUCGAUUUCCUCGCGGAGGCAGGGAAAAGUUGGAAUUUUUAUGCUUGCGGGGGUACUAGUAGUAGUCGGCUAGUGGUGCCCCGGUGGUGGUGGUGGUGGUGGACCGGUGGUGCCGCGAAUCCGAGAGAAUAGAAAGGCGCUCGUCUCCUCCAUUCCGCUCCACAAGAGAGAGUCACAAGGAGAAAGGUUGCAGUCAGAGAGAGAGAGAGAGAGAGAGAGAGAGAGAGAGAGGUUGGGAGGGAGGGAAGAAGGAGGCGGCGGCGGCGAUCCCGUCUCUGGCUCUCUGCCCGUCGGGCUUGCUGCUCGGCACGGCGCGACCUCGUCGGCGGCUGUCAUGAAAAGAUACAUUUGGUAGGCGUGCACCCAACAAAUUCAUUCAGCAUGGGUUCAGGAAAUCUGGUGAUGAAGAAGGUGGUGAAGCCCAGCUCUUUCGAUCUCGACAUACAGCUCGACAGGAGCUGGACGGAGGACGUUACAUGCCCGAUCUGCCUCGAUUUCCCGCACAACGCGGUCUUGCUGAGGUGCACAUCUUAUGAGAAGGGUUGCCGGCCGUUCGUGUGCGACACCGACAAGUCCCGUUCGAACUGCCUCGAGCGGUUUAAGAGUGCUCAUGGGCAGCCGGUGAACGUGAAGGUCUCCGCCGUUAACAUCGCUCCCCGUGACAGCAUCCAUUUCAUCUCGUCAAACACAAACAGCCACCCGGCUUGCCCGUUGUGUAGAGGCGAUGUCAUCGGUUGGGCUGUCAUCGGGGAGGCGCGGCAGCACCUUAACCAGAAGAAAAGAUGCUGCGAAGAGAGCUGCUGUUCGUACGUCGGCAACUUCCAUGAGCUUCAGAAGCACACCCAGCAGAAGCACCCAAACUCCCGCCCUUCGGAGAUCGAUCCCGCUCGCCGGGUCGACUGGGAGAAUUUCCAGCAGUCGUCCGAUAUCAUCGAUGUCUUGAGCACGAUACACGCGCAGGUGCCUAACAGCAUAGUUCUGGGAGAUUAUGUCAUCGAGUAUGGGGACGAUGACGCUGGAGAUGACUAUGAAGUUCUCCACAGGGUCAGGGGAAACUGGUGGACGUCCUGUAUUUUCUGCAAGUCGUUCGGGUCUUCGAGAGGCCGAAGAAGAGCAAGGACAAGGGAAAGGAGAAGUGGUGGAAGGAGGGCCAGCAACAGGUCUGGUCAGGAAAGCUUCAGCAUCGACGUUCCGGCCAGAGCUGUUGACAUAAGGGAAAUCAGAUUUGAUGGAAUAGAUGAUGAAUACCUUGUUACAGGGGCUAUGCCUAGUGUCGCAGCGUCCAGGAGAAUGGCCAGUCAUUACAGGGAUCCCAGGUAUGUCCGCCGACGCGCGCACCCCUAGGAUCACAAUGCAGCAACAACCAGAAAUUCAGAAGCAUUCCACCUCCGCCUGGUGUUUCAUUCUUUCCCCCCUUCUCUCUGCUAUCCAAGCCCGUGUUCAGUGUGCAUACAAGAUAGCAGCAGGCCUCCCCUCCUCACUGUUCAUCAUCAGCAGCAGCAGGUCUCUACAAUUUUUAGGCUCUUCAUGUAAAUACUUAGCUUUUACUACUACCUUGUUAUAGCAAUGUCGGUCUCGGUUCCCGUCCGCGGAACCGCUGUAUGUCAAAAAACAGCCGCCGUCACGGGGAUCCUCCGUGCGCGAUAAUUGUCUGGGAAGGCCUUGGAAAUGGAUUUUCUCUUUCCUGUA